GCGGUUUGAAUAGUCCAGCAUCUGGUUUUCGCUAUGACAGCUGAGCUGAGGAAAACUCGGUCGGCCCUCUCCACGGGCAGGAUUGCAUGUGGUAAUUUUCCGCCAGAAAAUGGGCACAAAACCAAAGGGUGGUGCCCGUGGAGGAGCAAAGCCUGGAACGAAACAAGCGAAAGCUGCAGCCGAGAAGUCUUCACUAAACGCACCGGCGCAACAAAAUGAAGGCGAAGCGAAGAAGCCUACAGUUAACCAAGUCAUUGGUGGUGCAUCAUGGACGGGAAAGCUUCCCGUGAACAUGCUCUCGGAGCACUGUCAGAAGCAAAAAUGGGGGAAGCCAGAAUAUACAAUGAAAAAACACUCGGAAGGGUUCGUAUCAUCCGUGAUCUUGAGUAAAGUCGAUCCGAAGACAAAGGAAACCACCACCUUGCCUCCAAUGCAAGUCCCUCCUACCCACAAGGCACUUGCAGCCCAGCCUACGGCUUUAGAAGCCAGACACUUUGCCGCUACGUACGCACUUUUUCGUCUUGCCAGUGACAAGAAUAUACAUGUGAUGUUACCGCCAAAUUACAGAAAGCUAUGGAAGGAAGAUUUUGCCCAACUUAAAAGUGAGGCAGUCAUGCAAGACAAAGCGUGGAUGUAUGAAGCCGAUCCGUUCUUAGCCAAGCAAGAGCGUGAGGCGGCUGCUGCAGAUGCAGAAAAAAAGAAAGCUGAGCGACAAAAGGCUCUGGCUAAGUCAGAAGAUAAUGUCGAUCUGAAAAUGGGAGCUGGUGGUAACGCCGUGCUUGGAAAAGUUUGGUCUCGUGCGCCAAAAGUUGAUUUGGGGAAUAAGCUGCGUCGUAGCAUCGAAGAUAUUCUACGGUACAAGGCAAUCUGGAAUCCUUAUAAUGUGAAAAUACCAGAGGUUCAGAAACGAGACAUUAUUAACGAGUACUCUCGCCUCGGCUUUCGUCGGAGCCAUAUAGAAGAAGCCGUCGCAGAAUGUAAGGAUCGUGAGGAGGUUCUUGAAUGGCUUCUGCUAUAUGUGCCAGAAGAUGACCUGCCCCGUUGGAGCUUCCCGGAAGGAUACUCGGCCGGUGUGAGCCUAGCAAGUGGUGAUCUGGCGCAAGAGUCAAAGAUAAAACGUCUUGCUGCAGCUGGGUAUCCUGUUGAUAUUUGUACCAUUAUUUUGGAUAAGAACGGCGGCAAUGAAAAUCUGGCCGCCGAGGAAUUGCAGAAUGCUUUGGUCCAAGAUACAGUAUCGCCUGCCUUUUCAGAACUUAUUGAUGACGAAGAUAUUUGGGCUGUGGAACAUGUGACUCUGGAAGCUAUAUUCGGCGAACGAUAUACGCAAGUCUCCAAAUCAGUAUGUCAGGUUGAAGGUGAGGUUUCGGGACUCCCAAAACCUGUCACAUUUCGGUUCCAGAAACCAUCUACUGGAUACCCGAGUGAUCCCCCGGUUAUAGCAAUACUUUCGGACAGUCUUCCAGCAUAUAUAAGGCUAAGUGCUGUCCAGAGAGCAAUACGAUACGCAAUGGAAAAUCUCAUAGGGCAGCCAAUGAUCUUUAGCAUUGUGGAUUGGCUAGAAAUAAAUAUUCCUUUGGUAAUGGAGAACCCAGGCAAGCUACGUGACAUUGCCAGUGGUGUCAAUCAGCCGGCUGGGAAUCAGCUUGCGUCUACAUCGCUUCCUAUCAGAUCAAGUCGCAAGAAGUUCAGCACUUUGAAAUCACAGUCGAACCUACAUAACAGUAUAUCAUUACGUGAAGCCUGGAUUGCGAAACAGAACACGCCGGGUCAAAUAAAUAUGAACCAUAAACGGCAACUCCUGCCCGCUUGGGCAAUGCAAGAAUCUAUCAUUCAAUGUGUCAGCUCCUAUCAAGUCACCAUCAUUUCUGGUGAGACCGGUAGUGGAAAGAGCACACAGUCGGUACAGUUUAUACUCGACGACUUAAUUAAACGCGAUUUAGGCGACAAAGCCAAUAUUGUGUGUACGCAACCCAGAAGGAUAUCAGCGCUUGGGCUUGCAGACCGUGUUAGCCAGGAAAGAUGUUCUACCACCGGGGAUGAGGUCGGUUACAUUAUCCGUGGCGACUCGAAAUCCAAGCCUGGGAAUACCAAAAUUACAUUUAUGACAACUGGUGUCUUACUUCGACGACUACAAACUGAAGCCGGGCCAGAUAACGACAUUGCAGGUUCACUCGCAGAUAUUACUCACGUAGUAGUCGAUGAGGUUCAUGAAAGAAGUCUCGAUACUGACCUUUUACUUGCUCUCCUUAAAGAUAUCUUGACUCGCCGCAAUGAUUUGAAAGUCAUUCUGAUGAGUGCGACAUUGGACGCAGAAGCUUUCACACGAUAUUUUGGCGGAUCAAAUCGCGUGGGUCGUGUGAACAUACCGGGACGUACAUUUCCUGUCGAAGAUUACUAUCUCGACGAUGUUUUGCGCCUGACGGGAUUUGCUACUGCUUCGGCUGCAGUUGACAACGUUGAUGGCGGGAAUCCUCUAGAGGAUGACUCUAUAGGCAAAUCACUUCGCUCUCUUGGAAUGGGUAUCAAUUACGAUUUGAUUGCUUCGGUUGUGAGAUAUAUUGAUUCCCAGCUAGGGUAUGAUAAUGGUGGAAUUCUGAUCUUCCUGCCUGGUACUAUGGAGAUCGAUCGCUGCCUUGUUGCGAUACGAACAAUACCAAACAUCCAUGCCUUGCCUCUUCAUGCUUCGUUGCUUCCAGCUGAACAAAAGCGGGUCUUCCAAGUUCCUCCAAGAGGUAAAAGAAAGGUCAUUGCUGCCACGAACGUCGCUGAGACCUCUAUUACCAUCGAGGACGUUGUUGCUGUCAUUGACUCUGGCAGAGUGAAGGAGACUAGCUUCGACCCUAAAACCAAUGUAGUGAAAUUACAAGAAGUCUGGGCCUCUCAAGCAGCUUGCAAACAACGACGUGGUCGAGCUGGUCGUGUCCAAGCAGGAAAAUGCUACAAACUAUACACUCGCACAGCAGAAUCCAACAUGGCAGUGAAGCCCGAUCCUGAAAUUCGCCGCGUGCCUUUGGAGCAACUCUGUCUAUCUGUUAUGGCUAUGAGCGGAAUUGAAGAUGCUGCUGGUUUUCUUGCAAAGACUCUCACACCUCCUGAAACAUUGGCUGUGGAAGGCGCUAUGAAUCUUUUACAUCGCGUCGGUGCUCUAGACAAUCAAAAACUAACCGCACUUGGGCGACACCUGGCUAUGAUACCGGCAGAUCUACGCUGUGCAAAACUAAUGGUGUACGGAUCUGUCUUUGGAUGUGUCGACGCAUGUGUUACUAUCGCUGCGAUACUUACAUUGAAAAGCCCAUUUGUAUCCCCUCGUGAAAAACGUGAAGAAGCGACUGCCGCCAAGGCUUCUUUCUCACGGGGAGAUGGCGAUCUUCUCACAGAUUUUGCAGCUUACUUACAGUGGUCUGAUAGAUGUCGAGUUCAGGGAUACUGGCAAACUACAACAUGGUGCUUGGACAAUUUUCUAUCCCACCAGACCCUGCGAGAUAUAUCAUCUAACCGCGCGCAAUUUCUGACAUCCUUGAAAGACGCAGGUAUUCUUCCAAUCGACUACAAGGAGCUAACAGGCUCUCCUUCUGAUACUCCAAGUCGUUGGGACUACAACACCCGAAAUACCAUGCUUCUUCGAGCCUUGAUUGGAGGUGCAUUCGAUCCUCAGGUUGUACAGAUCAGUUUCCCGGAUAAAAAGUUCGCAGCAUCGAUGACCGGCACCGUCGAACUCGACCCAGAUGCCAGAACAAUCAAGUUCUUCAAUCAAGAAAAUGGCCGGGUUUUUAUCCACCCAAGCUCGAGUUUGUUUUCGGCCCAAAACUACUCUAAUGCAGCGUUUCUCAGCUAUUGCUCAAAGAUGGAAACGAGUAAAGUUUUUAUUAGAGAGUUGACGCCAUUCAACGCCUACUCACUUCUCCUCUUCGGUGGUUCUAUAACCCUCGACACCACGGGCCACGGUCUAAUUGUUGACGGUUGGCUACACCUCCGCGGCUGGGCACGCAUUGGUGUGCUCGUUUCGCGGCUACGAAUGAUGCUAGAUGAUGUUCUAGCAGCAAGGGUUGAUAACCCAACGUCUGAUAGCCAGGAGCAUGAAUAUCGAGUCAUAGAUCUCGUGAAGAAAUUAAUUGAGUUUAACGGGAUGGAUCAGUGAUGUUGAGUCUCAUUUGUGUUUACAAACAUCUCGACUAGUGAUUUUGAUCCUUCAUAUAUCGCAUAUACCCGUUGGUUAGCUCUAUAUAUUUCAAUAUUCAUAUAACUAUACAGUCAGUAUACAUAUAUAAAGUAUGGCGUUUGAAGUAGUCGACUAAUAGAUCAAUUUUGAAAUUAUCGAACGGUUAUAAUAACAAUGAAGUUUUGAUU